AUGGCUCCGAUCAACCAGCGCAAGCACCUUGGUCGAGACAUAUUCUCCAAACAAUUCCCAUUGCUCAAGACGCAGCAAUACAUCGAUCCGGCCGCUCGAACCCCCGUGCCGACCAUUCAUCGGACCAUUUCAUGGAAUGCCUCUGGCGGAUUGAUCGCGACAGGCGCAAAUGACAAGACGGUGCGAGUAUGGAACCCAGAACGGACAACCCCUCGUAGUCAGACCGAGCUGCGAGGCCAUGGUCAUGCCGUGGAAAAGGUCCUGUUCAACCCUGUUAGGGAAUUCGAGCUGGCUAGUUGUUCGGCUGAUGGGACGGUUCGGUUCUGGGAUACCCGGACGAAAAAUCUCGUUACGAAACUCGAGGUUGGAGGUGAACCUUUUACCAUGACGUGGAGUACUGAUGGUAGUGUAUUGAUGGUGGGGACGAAGGGCGAUGUUCUGAUUCCCAUUUCCACUUCGAUCCCAUCCUCCCCUUCGGUCCUCUCGCGCCAUAAACAACCUCAACAGACCAACCAAACCGCCUUCUCCAAUGCAUACCCUCCCAUCGAUUUACUCAUCACCCAAGGCGAUGGAUCAGUCAAGAUCCUCGACUAUCCUACAUUGACUCCCCUGCACAAUCUCUCUGCGCAUACUUCGUCAUGCACCGCUGUCGCAUAUUGUCCGAAUGGCAAAUAUGUCGCAGUAGGGGGAUCUGACGCUAUGAUCAGUCUUUGGGAUACAACCGACUGGGUAUGUCGACGGACCGUGUCGAAUCCCACUUCUGGCGCCAUUAAAGGCUUGUCGUGGUCUUGGGAUGGUCGGUAUUUGGUUGGUGCUAGUGAUGAUACUGGCACCGGGACGAGUGAUUCAUCGGGUGGAGGUCUUGAGAUUUAUCACGCUGAAACAGGCGAUGUGGUGUAUACUGUACCGACGGGAACGAGUGGUAUUCCGGCUGUCGCGUGGCAUCCUAGCCGGUAUUGGUUGGCAUAUACACAGGUUGAAGAGUCGAGGCAAGGGAAGAGUAGUUUGAAAAUUAUCGGUGCGGCUGGUGGACCGUCAAUAUGA